AUGAAAUCAUCGAUCGUCCCAAGCACAUACCAAACAUACAAAGCGGGUACACAAAAGGUCUUGUACUGGUUGUACGAGAAUGCUUUGACGUGUGGCUAUGUUCCGAGUCCAAACAGAGACGAGUAUAGUACAGAAGAAGAGGAAAAGGAUCAGCCAGACCGCAGGAAAAAACACAAACCUAAGCCCAAAGCCAAGAAAGGUAAAGGGAGCAAAGCCAAGGGCAGCGGGAAGGCAAAAUCCAAGAAGUCAGGAACCUCUUCCGAGUCGUCAGAAAUAUUUCUUCCUGUAAAAGAGUACUUGGUACUUGCCGAAGCAAUAUAUUGCUUCUUCGAAGACUUCAAUAUAGUUCGCGAGCAUGUCAAGGACACAUGGAAAACAUAUCACCAGGGUGGCUCGGUUGACCUCACAACUGCAGCAUUAUCAACAAACACAGCCUUCAAGAUCUUAAAACGCUCCGAAGAAGAAUUGAUGGCAGAACUACGCGAACCCGUUCCUGGCCGGCUCUUUGAAGGGCUUAUCGGAUACAACGAAAUUCAAGGUAUCCUAUACACAGCCACAGCUUUUGCAAGGGGCAUGAACGAAGACAAUAAAAAAAGGCCCGAAGACCACUACAACUACGCCUUGUGGGACAUCGCAGAUUGGACUGGAUUAUCAGUCUUUCGCCUUCUAUCCUCUUACUUGGAACAUGUCCAACCGAAUCAACUUACCGUCAGCCCACCUGGAAUUUAUGGCAAGCUAAACCUCAAGCAAGUUGUUUUAGAACCUCAUGAGAAGUUCAUCCAAGAUAAGAUUCUUUUACAUGAAUUGUUUCUACCAGAGAUAAUGCUCAUCCGACAGAUCAAAAGAAAGGAAAGCGAUUUAGGCGUAAAAUUCCCAGCUGAGGAUGAACUCACAGCCGGAAUUUUAGAGUCGGCACGCACCAAAAUCAUUCCCAUAUGGCUCGUUUUAGCUGUACAGAUUCAUUUAGAUAUCCAUUACAUUCUACUUGAGGACACCGCACGACCCCAUGCUGAACUUACCGCCGCGACAAGGCGAGCUGUCGUUACCGUUGCAGUUUAUCAGAGCUUCUCCGAAGAUAUGCAUCUUGCUAGAUGGCCUAAGUCCAGAGACGACGCAAUAGAUUACUUCUUUGGACUGAAGCUUGUUAAUACUUGGGGCUCCCUACCGAUGACUCUCCACCUUUAUAAUGCCUGCCUCUCGGAAGGAUUUCUGCGAAAGCCAUGGCUCGACUUGGAAUGCUUGAUUAAUUAUAAUACGGCCAAGCGUAUAUUUGUUGGAGAUCGCCCUCGUACACGUCAAGAUUACCUGAAGCGCUAUCUGCUCGCAUUAGGAACUUCUGUCAGUAAUUUUGCUCCCAACCAACGCAAUCAAAGAGACAACUUUAAGCUGGCUGCGAGAAAGAGCGGCCCUCGUCAAUUGCUAAAAGAGUCUCGCAUGGCAAAUGUAUACAUUAACCGAUACUUUCGAUAUUGGGGAACACGAGGUGAUAGUAAUGAACACUCUAGUACCACUUUAGCCGCGAUCGAAGAUCUACUUGCCAAAAUUGCAGCUCAUCCAGAUGCGAAUGAGAGCAAUGAUAACGAAGAAAAGAGCACAAUGAAUCACGAACCAAAGGCAACGCGGAUAUCAAAUCACCCAAAUCGUAAAAUCCCGUCCAAACCCGCAAGACGCCACAAGCUGACCGCAGUCAAGCUUUUACAAGCCCUGGAAUCUGUUAUGCUCGAAGAAACAUUUGCGUCCAAAGUUAAUUAUUUCUCGCUUCACAUGCGAUGCUUCCGACUGUUUAGGACCAUCCAGUCUGAGAUGGAACCUACCCUUACCAAAUAUUCCAUGUUCGUCGAGGAGGACUCCCAGCUGCCUAUACUUGUAGGAUACAUUUUUCGGGUUGUUUUCAGCGGCGACAAGGAAUUUGAGAUGAUUCCCAAGGAGUAUCAAAGUUCUGAAAAAGGCAGCGAAAUUUUAUAG